GCCACACAGAGCCGCUCAGAGCCGCACGCACAGUCCGGGGGAUGCGGGACUCACAGAGAGCAAACACAGUGGCUUUGCUUUGACUCGAACAGUUAAAGUCUCACCCGCCCGGCCGCUGCUGUCAGUGCAGUAGAAGUGCCAGCCACUUGGCCACAUUUCGAGAAGUGCCGGGAAGAAAACUGGAUUCCUUUUUUACGCACGCCUCCACCGGGCAGGAGCGGGUAGUGUCCGGCGUGGCCGGAUAGUGGACACAGUUAGAGACUGACCAUCAGGAGGUGACCUCUCGCCUCCUUCCGUCUCUCCAUCCUUCACUCUCCGCUCCUCUCUCGGCUCGCCGCUGACAGAUGGUGUAAAAGCGACGGAGAGAACAGCGACCCCCUCCCUCACCUCAGAUCGAAGAAAGGAGGCGCACAGACACUUUGGCACCGAACUCCGAACGAGCGCCCGGCGCUGCGCCACGGCCGGCCACCGCGGAACGCAGGAGCCACUGCCCGCUGAAGAGAUCACCUCCAGGGCGAUAUUCGGCCCAGCAUCUAGUGGUCAGCUCGGGGGACCAACAAGCAGGCUGUUUGUGGGCGGAUUGGUCGGUUAUAGGAGCCGGAGCGGGAAGAGGAGGAGGAGAAGGAGAGCCGACCCUUCCAGCGCCGCUCUCCGGGCGAUGCCAGUGUAAAUGCCAGGGCGAUGUCCCGACGCAAGCAGGGGAAUCCGCAGCACCUGUCCCAGAGAGAAAUAACGCCGGAGGUGGAGCAUCCAGAUGGCGCUUUGCUCUCCGAAUCCCUACCCUCCAACCCACUCACCCUGCCCUCCAAUCCACUUGGCCUACGUCCCCAUCCUUUGGACCCCAGCUUGGCUCACACCCUGCCACCUGGCCUCCACUCUGACCACGACCUGCUCACUUGCGGCCAGUGCCAGAUGACUUUCCCGUUGGGCGACAUACUCCUCUUCAUUGAGCACAAGAAGAAGCAGUGCCAAACACCGCUGCUGGCCAACGGCUGUUAUGACAAGAUGAACGACCGAGGAGGAGGAGGACAGGGAGACAGUCCAACUCUGCAGAGCCUUCAUCACUACGUGCAGAGGGUGGAGCUAAGAAAGGUGUUGGAGCCAGUAGAGGUCGGCAUCCAGGUGACACCAGAGGAGGAAGAUGAGGUGGGAGGAAGAGGGGAACGAGGUGAGAAGACACCAACCAAAGGAAUUUGCCCGAAGCAGGAAAACACGCUAUCAGGUGGAAGGGAUGAGCCCUCCAGCUAUACAUGUACCACCUGUAAGCAACCCUUUCCCAGCGCCUGGUUCCUGCUGCAGCAUGCCCAGAACACCCACGGCAUUCGCAUUUACCUGGAGUCCAGCCCCUCCAGCGCAACCCUCACCCCACGCCUCACUAUGCCUCCACCCAUUGGCAACGACUCCAUCCCACAGUCCCCCCUCACCAACUUUCUAGGGGAUAACAACCCUUUCCACCUACUGAGGAUGACAGCACCCCUGCUCCGUGAACCUCCCCCAGGCUUUGUAGAGAACCGUCUCCCCAGUACGCCUCCAUUUGUCACUCCACCUCCCCGCCAUCACCUGGACCCCCAUCGCCUGGAACGCCUUAGUGCAGAGGAAAUGGGCCUCAUCUCCCAGCACCCCAGUGCCUUUGAAAGGGUGAUGCGGCUAACGCCUAUGGCCAUGGAGUCCCAGUCUAUGGACUUCUCCAGGCGGUUACGAGAGUUAGCAGGGAACACUAACAGCACCACACCACCAUUAUCACCCAACAGGCCUAACCCUAUGCAUCGACUACUAAACCCUAAUCCCUUCCACUCUGGGCCGAAAUCGCCAUUUCUGAGUACUCCUCCAUUGCCACCAAUGCCCCCAAACAGCACCACCCCUCCCCAGACGCAGAACAAGAUCAAGUCCUGUGAGUUCUGUGGUAAAACCUUCAAGUUUCAGAGCAACUUGGUGGUACAUCGGCGCAGCCAUACUGGAGAAAAACCAUACAAGUGCCAGUUGUGUGACCACGCUUGCUCUCAGGCAAGCAAGCUGAAGCGCCACAUGAAGACCCACAUGCACAAGGCUGGAUCCCUGACGGGGCGUUCAGAUGAUGGCUUGUCCACCACGAGCUCCCCAGAGCCAGGCACCAGUGACGUGCCAGGUGAGGGCAUGAAAAACCGUGAUGGGGAUUUCCAGGGGGAAGGCAACGAGGAGGAAGAAGAGGAGGAAGAGGAAGAGGAGCUUGAGAAUGAGAGUCGACCAGAAUCAAAUUUCAGCAUGGAGUCUGAGUUCUACCGGAACAGGGAGAAUGGUUCUAAACCUCAGUCAGAGGAGAAGUCGGCCCUUGGCCUUGAGAAGAUAGUGGAAGGUGGGGGGCUCAACUCUAUACAGCAGUACAAUAAUUUGAUAGUUGACAAUCGUAAAAGGAUGCCCUUCUCUAAGAGGGCCCUGGAUGGCCAGCGGGACACUGGAGAUGAGGAUUCAGUGGCUGGGGAAAUAGACGACCACCAACAGGAAGAGAGGACAACCAUUAAUGGCCGGAACUGUGGCUCCGGUGAUUCUUUCUCAGGUCUGUUCCCCCGUAAGCCCACCCCCAUUACCAGCCCAACCCUGUCCAACUCAUCAAAUAAGAGGAUCAAGAUAGAAAAGGACUUGGACAUUCCCCCUGUACCCCACAUUCCUUCUGAGAAUGUGUACUCCCAGUGGUUGGUUGGCUAUGCUGCCUCACGCCACUUCAUCAAAGACCCUUUUCUAGGCUUCAGUGACUCUAGACAAUCGCCCUUUGCCACCUCCUCUGAGCACUCUUCAGAGAAUGGCAGCCUGCGCUUCUCAACCCCUCCAGGUGACUUGCUAGAUGGGGGUUUGUCUGGCCGCAGCGGCACUGCCAGCGGGGGCAGCACACCUCAUCUAGGUGGUGGCCCUGGUCCAGGUCGACCUAGUUCCAAGGACGGCAGGAGGUGUGACACCUGCGAAUUCUGUGGUAAGGUGUUCAAGAACUGUAGCAACCUGACGGUGCAUCGGCGUAGUCACACUGGUGAAAGGCCCUACAAGUGUGAGCUGUGCAACUAUGCCUGUGCCCAGAGCUCCAAGCUCACGCGCCACAUGAAGACACAUGGCCAGCUUGGUAAGGAGGUCUAUCGCUGUGACAUUUGCCAAAUGCCCUUCAGCGUGUACAGCACCCUGGAGAAACAUAUGAAAAAGUGGCAUGGAGAACAUUUGAUGACCAGUGAGGUCAAACUUGAACAAACAGAGAGGGCCUAAAGCUAAUUCCCUGUUUCCGUACUCUUUGACUUCAAAAUAACAAAAAGGGGUAGCUGGAUACUUUUUUAUAAGAUAUUAAUUUUGGGUUAAUUUUAAUUGCGUCUUUGAUUAAAUAAACUGCCAACUGAGAAAAAAAAACAUGAAAACAGAGAUCAACUGAAGCUGUCUAAACUGCCUUAUGUGGCAUUCGUUUUUAAACAAUCCAUCAGUUGAGUUAUAAAAUAUAUGGAGCCUUUAACUGUGCAAUAAUUUCUGUAUUUAUUGGAUUUUGUAUUUUGGCAUGUGCAGGUACAUUUUUAUUAGAAAUUUUUUUUAUUGUUUUCUUUUGCAUUACUGUUUUUUUAAAACCCACAUGAUAUCCUGAGAGUUCCUUAGAGGACAGAAAUCCAUUUGUCUCUUUAUUUUUUGGCCACUUCUUGUAGGAAAUUGUAUAUUAAGCUAAAUGUGUAAUUUCUUGAAAAGAUGCUGAAUCAAUCUUCAAUUUGAAAGUGGCGUAAACUGAGAAUGCUAGAAUUAGUCUAUUUUAUGUGAUAUGCGAACAACAAUCCUUUGGCAUUGUAGCAUGAACUGACUCUAAAACAUGUCAAUAUAAUUGGAUAUGUAGCACCAAGUGUCAUAUUUGACGAUAAAUGUAAAAUGAAAGAGGAUCCCAAGGUUCGUAAACCCUGUCUCCUCAUGGAAACACCCUAACUGGCCACAAGAAGCUGAUGAUAGGUAAGGCAGCUGCUGACUGGUACAUAGUGCCGAGCUCCGACAACGCUACUACAUCUUUCCCUUUGUUUUGUUUUAAUACCAUCUCAUCUACAUUCAUACACCCAUGCACUCUUUUGCAUGAAGCCAUAUGAUCUGUAUUAUUUAUUAGGAGAGAGCACGAAGCCAUGACGAGUAUGUGUAGCAAGAAAUAGAACAAAGAGACCGAGAGAACACAGGGACAUCUCAGGGUAAACUGUACUACUUUCCUUUAUUUACCUGUUCACUCCUGUGUUGCCCCUUGGCAAACAACUUGCAAAGCAUUUUUUUCAUCAUAGGUUGUAAUCAUUAGAGACAGUUUUACCCCUCACAUGGCUAAAGUUUUAGCCUUAACAUCCACCAGCUCACAAGUGUCCUCUUUAAUCUUAUGAUUAGGUUCAAUUCUUCCACUUUGUAUGGAAUCUGUAUGUAUUUGGCACACAUGGAUGGCAGUCUUGUAAUGGAAGGGUCAUGCUGAAAUUUACAUUUAGAUUUACAUAAGCAAAAAUUACAUAGAAACAGUACAUGUGAAGCCUAAACAGGUCACUGGCAACCUAGUGGAUGUUAAGACCUCAAAGUUUUAUUUCUAAAGUAAUAAUAAUAAUAAUAAUAAUAAUGAUAAUAGCCAGAUCCCUAUGCAUUUUGUGCUAAAAUACAUGACAAUUUGUUAAAAUUGCAUUAGUAGUAAAUUUGGACUUAUUGCAUUCUAGUGCUUGUACAGUCUGAUUGAUGAAGCCACCUCUCUAGAAAUUUAAAUUAUUGAUUGUUAGUUGAGUGCUGAAAUAAUAAAAUUAAUUUAUCAGUUUGA